AUAACAAGUAUAGUCGCUUCGCUCCUAUACUUUUGGUCCGUGGGGACCAGUUUGGAACCUUUAGGUCUUGUCUGUGAAUGGCUAUAAAGGAAUUCUUAAAAAAAAACAAAAAUUAUCAGGUGUACUUAGGUGAGUCGGGGAGGCUAACGUUUAUCUGCCAAGGAAAGAGAGGACCAGUUGUUGGGGUAUCAUGCUUCAAAGAACCAUAAUUUGUUAUAUAGUCGCGUUGUGUGUCUUAUAUUUCAAAUAUCUGUAAAUGAAAUAAAUCAAAAUAAGGAAAGAAGCUGCACGAAUAAAUGAAUUGAACUCGAUUCUUAUAUUUUAACCAGAACAAAGUUUUGAUCGCCCCUGUAGUAUGGAAUCGAGGUUAUUUCAUUUAAUGCUCUCUUAGAAACAAUACAAUACAAACAGUAACUUUAAUUGAACGAUACAAACAGCGUCCCUAACGACCAUUUUUUGAGUUUUAUUUGAGUUUUAUUCGCCAUGAACGUUGAUGAAAUAGCACAAAGUUUGGAGGCGCUUAUGGAGUUUACACCGUCAGAACCUCAGGGGAGAAAACCCAACCCAACCCAACCCAACCCGAACCAACCCACCCAACCCAACCCGAACCAACCCACCCAACCCAACCCGAACCAACCCACCCAACCCAACCAGAACCAACCCACCCAACCCAACCCGAACCAACGCAACCCAACCCAACCCAAUAAUCAGGAAAAUUACAAUAGGUGGAGGCAAAGGGGAAGGAACUGGAGGAAGAAAAGGCUGGAACGACAGCACGAGCAAUCGGCUCUUCAUAAACAGAAAGUAUUACUGUCGGUAGUAACCGACGCCAUGGCCUCUGUGGCCUCCGCCGUGCUAAAGCACACGGCAGAAACCACUACAGGUUACAGGCGAGGGGGCUUUAGGAGGGGCCGAGGUCGUGGCAGAGGAAGGGUAGAAUAAGUUUUAUAUUUUAUAGUAUUUUUUAUUUUAUAGUUACAUUGAUAGUAUAUAAGUUAUAGAUAUAUAGAGUAGAUAGUAUAAGUUGUUAUUUUAAUUUUUUUUAAA